CUUCCGCGAACUAUGGCUCUCCAGCUGAUACUGCAGAGGCACUUCUCCUGUAGAAAUAUAUCACGAUCUCAGGUUUUAGGCGAAUGCGUGAGAAAUGCCUCGACCACUGGCGUAAAUGGCAUCCCUAGAUACAAUAUCCUUGGCAAUGGACAUCCUCUGAACAGUAAUAUACAGAAUAGGGUCGCACUAAGUUCCCACUGGGCAGGUGCAACAGGGCCACUCACAUCGAAGGUACAAGUAUGGAAGACCCACAAGAGACUAGGGGUGCGAAACUGCUUCCAUCCGGGGGCCAGUGCGCUCUCCCGGGAAUAUGUGGGAGUCUCAGCGAAGGAGGUCACGGGGAGAGAGAUGCUUGGGGCCCUGGCUUCAUACGUCUGGCCGAAAGGCAAUAUUGCAGUUAAGGGGAGGGUACUCACAGCACUCAGCCUACUUAUUGGUGCUAAGCUUCUAAAUGUACAAGUCCCAUUCAUCUUUAAGGAUGGCAUAAACUACCUUAAUGAACACACUGGCAACCUGUUGACAGUAGCUGAACCUGCCUCAGCUGUUGCUGCUACAGCUGUAUCGCUGAUGAUAGGAUAUGGAAUUGCCCGCACUGGAGCAGCUGGGUUUAAUGAACUACGCAAUGCAGUGUUUGCCAAGGUGGCACAAAACUCAAUCCGAAAGAUUGCUAGCAACGUCUUCCUUCACCUUCACAGCCUUGACUUGAAUUUCCACCUGAAUCGGCAAACAGGAGCACUCUCCAAAGCCAUUGAUCGGGGGAGCCGGGGAAUAAAUUUUGUCAUGUCGGCACUUGUUUUCAAUAUUGUGCCAACAAUAUUUGAAGUUAGCUUGGUGGCAGGUAUAUUGGCAUACAAAUGCGGUUGGGAAUUUGCAGGUGUAACUGUGGCCUCAAUUAUGGCCUAUGCAGCCUUCACUCUGGGUAUUACACAGUGGCGUACUCAGUUUAGGGUGGAUAUGAACAAAGCUGAAAAUGCGGCAGGGAACAGAGCCAUUGAUUCACUCAUCAACUAUGAAACUGUGAAGUAUUUCAAUAAUGAAGAGCAUGAAGCCAAGGAAUAUGACAAAUAUUUGAAAAAAUAUGAAGGGGCAUCUCUGAAGACAGCAACAUCACUGGCCUUGCUCAACUGGGGUCAGAAUGCAAUAUUCAGUGUUGCUUUAUCAGCUAUGAUGGUUCUGGCAACAAAAGAAAUUCUUAAUGGUAAUUUGACUGUGGGUGAUCUAGUGAUGGUCAAUGGAUUGUUAUUCCAACUGUCCCUGCCGCUCAACUUCUUGGGGUCUGUUUACCGUGAAGUUCGUCAAGCACUUAUUGACAUGCAAACAAUGUUCACGUUGAUGAAACAGCCAGCUGCUAUAAUGAAUGCCCCAGACUGUAUACCUCUACAAGUGACUCCUCAGAAUGCAGACAUUACUUUCAACAAUGUGUGUUUUGAGUACAAUGAAAAUUACCCCAUCCUGAAUGACCUUACCUUUACAGUGCCCGCUGGGAAGAAAGUUGCUAUUGUUGGUGGUUCAGGUUCAGGAAAAUCAACAGUCAUCCGUCUGUUGUACCGCUUUUAUGAGCCCAAGACUGGGACCAUUACAAUAAAUGGACAAGAUAUUAAUUCAGUAGACCUGGACAGCCUGAGGAAGAGCAUUGCUGUGGUUCCACAAGAUUGUGUGCUAUUCCAUGACACUAUAGCUUACAAUCUCCACUAUGGUGACCUGUCUGCAGAUCCCAGUAAAGUAGAAGAAGUAGCUCAACUUGCUGAUAUCCACCAAUCAAUUCAGAGCUGGCCCAAUGGCUAUAACACUCAAGUUGGUGAACGUGGCCUGAAACUUUCAGGUGGGGAGAAGCAGAGGGUUGCCAUUGCACGAGCCAUCCUGAAGAACGCUCCGAUACUAGUUUUCGAUGAAGCAACUUCUUCACUAGACUCCAUUACAGAACAAAGUAUAAUGGAAGCUCUGCGCCAUGCAACCAAGGGAAGAACUUCAAUCUGCAUUGCUCAUCGCUUAUCAACCGUUAUGGAUUCGGAUGAAAUCCUUGUGUUGGCUGAGGGCAGGCUUCAGGAGCGUGGUACGCAUCAGCAGCUCUUGGCGCUUGAUGGGCACUAUACAAAGCUCUGGAAUUCACAACACAAAGUUGAUGAAUAAAGAUAUGAUUUAAUGGUUAUGCUAGUAGUUGAAGAGACUUUUUUCUUGUAUAUUUUCCUGUAUAUUUCUAGAUGAUCUGCUUGCUGAUUAUUAUCUUUGUUGUGCAGUGAAUACAUAAAUGUUUAAUUUAUUAUAAAUCAGUAUUUUUAUUUUACUGUAGAUGACAUUACCUGUCAAGAAAGAAACUUCUUGUGUGCUAGAAAAAAAUAGUAGUAAUCCAGUAUCAUUUGACAGGAAAAUUUAUUUGAUCAGAUUUAAGGUCUUCCCAUAUGUAUAUUAUGUGUAUGUGUGUAUAUAUAUAUAUAUAUAUAUAUAUAUAUAUAUAUAUAUAUAUAUAUUUAUAUAUAUAUAUUAUUAUUAUUUAAAUGUACUUAUAUUUCUGUAUAUAGGUACAAUUUCAUAUAUGCUUCAGAUAGUCUUUUAAAGAAAAACAAGAUGUUGUUCAGUUCCAAAUUAAAAAGUUAAUGCAAGUUUUUCUGCUAGACAAGAAAUGUCAACCAGUAAGCAUAUAUAUCCCUUUGUGUACUUGGACUAUUUGUAUUAUUUGCACUUUUAAACAUUGUAUCAAAUAUUUUAUGUGGGCCAUAUACAAACAAAAUUCAGCCUUUGGAAUUCAUCACAGCAUUAUUUGAUUAUUUAACCCUUAAGAACCAUUCAUAUUUGGAAUGAGACAUGGCUCAGCCAAGUACAGAAUGUUGUAAUAUUUAAAGUGAUUUAAGAAUGUGCUCUCUCAGUGUUCUAUGUUACAUAUUCCAAAACAUAAAAUAUAAUGCAUUUAGCAUGCAUCAUAGACCUGAGGUUGUAUAGAUCUACAUAAGAAAAAAGUCGAGAUAAAAAGUGGAGAUAAAGUUCAAUUUUAUUAUCAGCUGGUUUGAAUUGUAAAACAUGAUGUAGGCCAAGGGUUUACUUAUUACAUUUAUUUGUCUAUUUUUUUUAUUUUAUUUUACAUCCUUAUGUGAGACAUGUAUAUGAAAUUAAUCCUUGUAAGCAUGUAAAGUGAGUUUUUGUGUUGCUCACUUGGGGUCUAGUGGAGGCAUUGAAAAUAUAGUUGUUCAAACCACAUCAUCUUUUAAAUGGUAGUAGAGCAAUUACUCUGUCAAGUUAAAAUACUGAAUAGCAAUUUUUCAUGGUUUUGUAUAUGUGAAUGGCUCCCAACUUUUAGGUUUUGUUUGAACAAAGUGAGCUGGUGAGAGGAUUGCUCCACUGGGCUGUAAUGUAAGCCACAUGGAGACUUGUUUGAAAUUUGCCAUGCACUUGAGGAUUAAUUGUAAAUAAUUUACAGUAUUUAAUUAAUUUUGGCUGAGAAAUAUAAUGUAUAUAAAUAAUUAUCAUUAGAACUGGUUAAUAUGAAUAUAAAUUGACUUGGGAGAUAUUUCUAAGAUUUUUCUUUGGGGGAAAUGUAAAUAAAAAGUAAUUAAAGAAACUGUACAAAAUAUGUAAUAUAACAACUUUUCCAGA